ACUGUAUGCUUAUCAGGGCAAAUGCCCUCUCGCUGUAGGACUGUGCUGCAUAUCGUAACCACCACCCUCUUCGCCACGGUGGUCCUGUUUGGGAUCCUGCUGGCCUAUGUGACUGGCUAUCAGUUCAUCCACACAGAGCAGCACCACCUGUCCUUCGGCCUGUACGGAGCCAUCCUGUCCCUGCAUCUUUUCCUCCAGAGCCUGUUUGCCUUCCUGGAGCACAGACACAUGCGCAGCCCCGCCCGGCCCCAGCACCUGCGGCGCUCUGUGGCCCUGUGCAUCGCAGCCUACCAGGAGGACCCAGACUACCUGAGGAAGUGCCUCUGCAGCGUGCGCCGCAUCUCCUUCCCCAGCCUGAAGGUGGUGCUGGUGGUGGACGGGAACAGACCGGAGGACCACUACAUGAUGGACAUCUUCCAGGAGGUGAUGGGUGGAGUGGACCAGGCUGGCAGCGUGGUGUGGAAGGGGAACUACCACAGUGACGGGGGUGGAGGGGUGGGCAGAGGGGGGACUGGAGCAGCGUCCCUGCAUGCGCAGGAGGCUGCACGUGUGGCCAGGCUAGUGAGAGGCUGUCGCUACUCCUGUAUCAUGCAGGAGUGGGGAGGGAAGAGAGAGGUGAUGUACACAGCCUUCAAAGCCCUGGGAGACUCUGUGGACUAUAUGCAGGUGUGUGAUUCAGACACAGUUCUGGAUCCAGCGUGCACCAUAGAGAUGCUGAAGAUUCUAGAAGAGGAUGCAAAGGUCGGCGGAGUAGGUGGAGAUGUUCAGAUCCUGAAUAAGUAUGACUCGUGGCUCUCCUUCCUGAGCAGUGUUCGUUACUGGAUGGCCUUCAACGUGGAGCGGGCCUGCCAGUCCUACUUUGGCUGUGUGCAGUGUAUCAGUGGUCCCCUGGGCAUGUACCGUAACUCCCUGCUGCAGCAGUUCCUAGAGCCCUGGUAUCACCAGACCUUCCUGGGCAGCAAGUGCAGCUUUGGUGACGACCGCCACCUCACCAACCGCGUGCUGAGCUUCGGUUACAAGACCAAGUUCACGGCCCGCUCCAAGUGCCAGACUGAAACGCCAACGCGCUACCUCCGCUGGCUCAACCAGCAGACCCGCUGGAGCAAGUCCUACUUCAGAGAGUGGCUGUACAACGCCCUCUGGUUCCACAAGCACAGCCUUUGGAUGACAUACGAGUCUGUGGUGACGGGUUUCUUCCCCUUCUUCCUUGUUGCCACAGUGAUCCACCUGUUCUACCGCGGGCGCCUGUGGAACAUCCUUCUCUUCCUGUUGACAGUGCAACUGGUUGGCAUGGUGAAGGCCACCUACGCCUGCUUCCUGAGGGGCAGUCUGGUCAUGAUCUUCAUGUCACUCUACUCCCUCCUCUACAUGUCCAGCCUGCUACCAGCCAAGAUCUUUGCCCUGCUCACUAUCAAUAAGGCUGGCUGGGGCACGUCAGGGCGGAGGAAGAUUGUGGUGAACUUCAUAGGGGCAGUGCCCGUCACAGUGUGGGGGGUUGUGCUGCUGGGUGGGGUUGCCUACACCAUCUACUGUGAGACCCAGGAGCCCUUCAGUGAAACCGAGAAAGCGCUUCUCAUCGCUGGGGUCAUCCUGUACGCCUGCUACUGGCUCAUUCUGCUGGUUCUCUACCUAGCGAUAGUGGCCAAGCGCUGCAACAAGAGGGAGGAGCAGUACCACCUGCCGUACGCAGAGGCAUAAGACAUGGAUCCUUGUUCAGUCCCUUGUGGUGCUGCUUGAACAACUGAGCCAGUCUGUGGCCCCACCACUCUGUCUCCAUGGUGCUAAACCUCUGGGACCUAUGGGGCAUGAAUGUGUUGUAGAAUGACAAUGGACGGACAGUUCUCAAAUUAACCUGGGAGACUUGGUUAAGUAGAUUACAAACCUUUUCUACAGCACAGAGUCCUCUACCAGUGGCCAUGGUGCUUACACUGGAUAUAAAGCACAUUAACACACAUCCCGUUUGGCCAUGGGGGGACAAGGUGUGGCCAGGAUAUACCAGAGAUCAUAAGAGUUAUGACACGGUGUGUGUCAGUAUGUACAAUGUUGAUAUGUAACUUGAUGCACUGAGCUGAGGGCCUUCUCUGCCUCAAUCAGGAGACACAAUGAUCUACAGUUGUAUUUUUGUAAUACAAAAAUUGAUAGACAAUCUAACAUUUAUACAAACAUAACUUACAAAUACAUUUGGUGCUGAUGCACAGGCCCAGGAUAAACUUUUAGCUCGUAAGCUAAUGGCUUGCAAGAGUAUUGACACUCAAUUGGAUGAGUCAGUGAGUUUCAGUGGCCAUUUUGUUCUAUGGGUGCCAAAUUGUAUUCACAUUAUACUGCAGUGUUCAUUACAGGAUGUACUUUUCCAAGUGAAGAUAAUCCUACAUUAAUUCCAUCAUAUAGACUAUGACCAAAGAGCACUUGUUUUUUGACAUGUCGUACCAUUAAUACAACACAAGUACUAACUCCAUUGCUGUUAUUAGUUGUAAAUCCAUAAUGAGAAAAUAAAAACAUGAUCCCAUUUUAUCAAGGUCAGGUGGUAUUAGUGUAGGUGCUACCAUGUCUAAGUUGACAUGUGUUUUUUGUUGUUGGAGAAUGGAGAUAAUGUCGUGGAAGUUUCCACUUGUGUGCUAUUUAAGUUGUGUUCAUAUGAUUUUAUUAAAUGAGGAUUGCAUAACUUGAAACUUGAACGUGCAAACAAGACACAUAAAACAACGUUUGUUUACAGACUUGCUCAGCCUCUAUCUACCAAUGGUGCAGUAGGUCAAUUUGAUGGUACAGUACAUUUCCAGAGGUGAUAUAGAUGUUCAAGUACAAACUUUGUGGGCCACCAGGAAUAUGUGUUCAGUGUUGUCUUGGCUAUGAAUUAGAGUUUGCUGUUGUUGGGGCUAAAAACUGCAACCUCCACAUCAGUUUCACAAGGCACAAAAUUGCUUGCAAUUCCUUCAAGUAUUGGUGGCCAUGAAUUGUGACCACAUUCUUUUUGAGUUUUUUUAUACUGAAAUUGGGGUUAAACAGAUAAAGAGCCCCCACAAAAAUGUAGUACUUUGAAGUUAUUUCCUGAGUGCAAUGCCAACAUAAAGUUAACACCAACAUAAAGUGUCUUAAUAGGGCGUUGGGCCACCACAAGCCAGAACAGCUUCAAUGCACCUUGGCAUAGUUUCUACAAUUGUCUGGAACUCUAUUGGAGGGAUAUGACACCAUUCUUCCACGAGAAAUUCCAUAAUUUGGUGUUUUGUUGAUGGUGGUGGAAAACGCUGUCUCAGGCGCAGCUCCAGAAUCUCCCAUAAGUGUUCAAUUGAGUUGAGAUCUGGUGACUGAGAUGGCCAUGGCAUACGGCUUACAUCGUUUUCAUGCACAACCACUCAUACCCUGUCAAUGGGGGGCAUUGUCAUCCUAUGGGGGCCAGUGGUGGAAAAAGUACCCAACUGUCAUACUUGAGUAAAAGUAAAGAUACUUAAUAGAAAAUGACUCAAGUAAAAGUGAGUCACCCAGUAAAAUACUACUUGAGUAAAAGUCUAAAAGUAUUUAGAUUUAUAUAUACUUUAGUAUCAAAAGUAAAUGUAAUCGCUAAAAUAUACUUAAGUAUCAAAAGAAAAAGUAGAAGUAUAAAUCAUUUCAAAUUCCUUAUAUUAAGCAAACCAGACGGCACCAUUGUCUUGUUUUUAUUUAUUUAUGGUUAGCCAGGGGCACACUCCAACAUGUAGACAUCAUUUACAAAGGAAACGUGUGUUUAAUGAGUCCGCCAGAUCAGAGGCAGUAGGGAUGACCAGCGAUGUUCUCUUGAUUAUUGCAUGAAUUGGACUAUUUUCCUUUCCUUCUUAAGUACUUUACACCACUGAUGGCAUAGCCAUGGUAGCCAAAAUAUUAGCUUGCCCUGCAUGAUGGCCCUAAGCAUGAUGGGAUGUUAAUUGUUAAUUAACUCAGGAACCACACCUGCGUGGAAGCACCUGCUUUCAAUAUACUUUGCAUCCCUCAUUUACACAAAUGUUUCAUUCAGUUACUUGUGGUCAUUAAUGGGGUUGGUUUUAGGCAGUACAUUGGAAAACAUGUUGGAGUCACAAGGCCAUUAAGAGACGCCAGCCAGAGAGAUUGUGUGUCGUGUGGGGUGGGGUGGGGUGGCCAGGCACAGAGGGGGAAAUGUUGUACUGUGUGGCUGGAUGAAUUGGUCCCUUCAGCCAACAUGGAGCAAAAAUGGUGGACAUCUAUGGUUACACUUAUAUGUGCAUGCCAAGAAGGGACCUCCCCCUUUCCCCUAAACACACACAUAAACAGCCACUAGGAGGCUAGGGAUGCUUGCAACCCCUUUGGUCCUCUUUAAGGAAUAAGUCGUGAAUGCUGGAACACUGAACUUAGUGUUUAGAAUUGUGUACAGACAAACUCAUCUCUAUUAUUCAUCUGUCUUAACAUGUAGAUGUGGCCUACCUUUCCCUUUCUACUCCUGAGGGUGUAUGUCAGGUGACUGUGUAAUAAGACUCUAUGCACAUGUAUGAUGUGUGUAAACUAGCAGCACCAUAUCAGCAAGUAAAAUGAUGAGUAUGUGUACAUUUAUUUGGCGAAUAAAGGUGAUUUUGAUUCUUCUGAUUUUGACAUAUUUGGAUUAUGUGAAGAAAUGAGAGGCAAGGACACCAUAGAGACGACUGUGACAGUGUUGUCUGACAUUCGUUUGUGUGGAGAUGUCAAAUACAAUCUUUGUUAUAGCCUAUCUAUCAGGCUGAACAUCUGCUUUCAGUCUACAAUAUUGUCAGCAAUUGUUGAUUUCCUUGAUACAGCCUGCCACUGUUUGACAACAAAUCAAUCGGUCUCAUAAUGCUGAGUGACUGUAGAUGUCCAGCCAUAUGAUGUAAGCAUAUCUGACAUGAAAAAACCCAGUCUUAUAAUUGUUUUGAAUAUAAUUAUGUAACUAUUCAAUACGUCUGUGACUGAAAAUCUAUGCCAGACUUUUCUAAGGUGUCUCAAUGCCGCAGAACAACUGUUGAGCCUAUCGAACAAACCAUGGUAUCUCAGCUCAUACAACAUUCAAUGUUACAUAAAGGCAAUGUUUCACAGUAUAUUGCAAAGUAAUAUAUUUUGUGUAUUGUAUAUAUUCAAAGAUAUUUUGAAGAUGUACAAGAAUUAUGGGUUUAAGAAUAGACCUAUAUUUAAAAGAAACUAUUGGAUUUGUACAUUUCCUGAAACAAUAGCGUUUUACAUGAUUUUUACAAUGUGAUGUAGUUAGCACAAUGAUCUGUUAUUCAGUGUAGUUUGGUCUCUAGUGUUCAACAUUGCCACACUUGUCAUUUUGUAGUUUCAUGGAUGAGAAAUCACUCAUAUCACCAUUAUCCCUAUUAUGAUUUAGGGAUGAUGCUUCAUGUAGAUUUAGAACAGGCAGUUAUAACUGUCAUGUAAAAGUAGUAAACCAAGAUAGCAUUUCUAAUACAGUAGUAGGGUACAAAGAAAAUCAGAAUCAUGCACCAGCAUAUGGCUAUUGAAACAUAAAAUACACAUUUUAUUGGUAUGUAAUAGCUGAAAAUAAAGUAUUGUAACCACCUAUGUAUUUCAUUAUGUUUAAAUAUAGAAGGCAAGACAUGUUGUUGGAAAAAGGUUUUGUAUUUCAAAUCAAAACAGUUAUUUUUCCGACUUGUACAGCAGUUGAAAAAAAAUGUAUUUUUUAUCUGAAUAAAAAAAAGA